GUUGUUUAUUCGCAGCUUUCCCCACUCGUGGCAAGUGUUUUCACCUCUUUGGUCUUUGCUCCGCGUAGUGCCGGUCCAAACAUCGCCGAGACAAGCAACCUCGCGACUUUGUUCUUCUCGAUCGGCCCGCGCUCGUAACCGGAAAUACAAUCCAUCCUUCCGCGGACCAUGUCGCGGCUAUCGAGCUUCCUACUCGUUUGUUUCCUCGCGACGAUCGCGAUGGCGUGCGCGAAACCGACCAUCUACAAGAGGAAUCAGGACAACGUGUUCGAGCCAGUAAUGGUACCAGUCUCGUCCACGGUAAUCCCACUUCCCGUAUACAAAAUGGAAUAUGGUUUAGGAUUUAUAUCGAAAGAUAAGAAAGCUCAAUCGUCCUUCAAGCCGGAGGGUGGAAUUAAGCUAAUAACGAUCAAGAAGAGCCAAGAGAAGAAAACGUAAAAUCAUAAAAAAAUGCGCGCGAGUUACCAGGUGACCUUACUCGGAUCGCAAGACAAUAGAAAUUUUACGAGUUGCAAUAUGAAUAUCUAUCAGUGAUAAAACGAUAUAUAUUCAUUAAUGUUAUACGAUGGCGUACGUUGAUGUUAUAGAUUGUAAGUAAAUUUCGAAUUUAUUUCGAACGUAC